UGGACAACGUUUUUUUUUCGUCUCAUAAUACUAUUGGUGAAUUCUCAUUAUGAACUAACAAAAACAAAAUCCCGGUAACCCAGAAUUUGAGAGCACAGACACAGCGUCACAGUCAAAGGAGAGAGAGAACGAGAUAGUGGUGGUCGUUGCUCUUCUGGGGCAAAUGGACCGUAGAUGGAAAUACAGUGCAGCAGAAUCAAGCCGGCGAGAUAAAAAACAUGAAAGGGAAGAGGAUUUGUUUGGUGGGGAUUUUGGCAAAGAAUUUCGCUUGCCAAUCAACCACAGGCCUACUGAGAAUGUUAAUUUGGAUAACGUUGAACAAGCAUCAGAGGACAGGCAAAUGUCAUCAUCUAAUAUUGGGUUCAAGCUUCUUCAGAAAAUGGGAUGGAGAGGGAAGGGACUUGGAAAGGAUGAGCAAGGUAUAACUGAGCCAAUAAAAUCGGGCAUGCGAGAUCCGAAACUAGGCAUUGGAAAGCAAGAAGAAGAUGAUUACUAUACGGCAGAAGAAAAUAUACAGCGUAGAAAGCUUGACAUCGAGGUGGAGGAAACAGAUGAAGUUGCAAGGAAGAGAGAGGUGUUGGCAGAACGGGAGCAAAAAAUUCAGACUGAGGUGAAGGAAAUACGCAAAGUAUUUUUCUGCGAUCUGUGUAACAAGCAAUACAAGUUGGCUAUGGAAUUUGAAGCUCACCUGAGCUCCUAUGAUCACAAUCAUAGAAAGCGCUUUAAGGAGAUGAGAGAGAUGCAUGGUAGCAACCGCGAUGACCGGCUAAAGCGAGAAAUGCAACGACAAGAGAAAGAGAUGGCCAAGUUUUCCCAAAUUGCUGAUGCUCGCAAGCAGCAGCAAACACAAGAGCAAGAGGAACAGCAACAGCAAGAACAAGAGCAGUCUGGAAAUACUCCUGUUAUGGAUGCAACAACAGCUGCUAGUGCACCUGUUGAUAUUGAUCAGCGAAAAGCACUGAAAUUUGGCUUUUCCGCUAAAAGUGGCACAGCUAAGAGCUCAUUCAACAUUGCUGCUAAGAAGAAGCCGAAGGUACCAGUGGUCUCUAUCUUUGGAAAUGACAGUGAUGAAGAUCAGUCCUGACGACUAGAUUUGCAGAAGAACAAAUACACGCCUGUCUGAAUGACGCUCAUCAUAUAACAAUUUCCCAUUUCCCCCUGUUUGUUUUACUUUCUUUUACGUUGUUUAGACGUUGAUAUGCAUGUGUGAAAAACAGAAAAUAGAUACCUUAAAUGAUAUGGUUGUUUUACAGUUGCAAACUUGCAAUUGCUGUGAGUGUCGAGUUUGUUGAAUCAUAUGCCUUUUCUGAUCCAA